UGUGAGGGUCAUGACGAGACGCUAAUGUGGGUUCAGGGCAGGCUGGAGAGGACACUAAAAAGACGGGAAGUCUUGUGUCCCUGAAGGUCACAGGGAGCCUAUGUCACAAAACCUGACAAUCAACUUUCUGCUCUAGAAACAGUGACCCAGAGGCGGGUGAACAGAGAAUUCAGAAACUGACGAGAACAGAGCUUGAUACCUGGAUUGAUCUUGGUUCUGGAUUGACCUCUAGCAUCCAGGACCCCAACCCAGGACCAUGGGACCCCAGCACUUCAGCCCUGUGCAUCUCUUCUGCCUCCUAGGGGUCAUCUCCACUGUGCCUCGGGCCACGGCUCUUUUAUGCUACGAAGCAACGUCCUCACUCUUCAGAGCUGUUUCUCUUCAUGACUGGAAGUGGCUUCUGAUGAGGAGCAUGGUGUGUAAGCUGAGUGAGGGCUGUGAGGAGACACUGGUGUUCAUCGAGACAGGGACCAGAAGGGGAGUUGUGGGUUUUAAGGGCUGCAGUCCAGCCUCAUCUUACCCCCAGCAAGUCUCCUACCUUGUUUCGCCACCUGGAUUGUCCAUUGCCUCCUACAGCCGCGUCUGCCGGACAUACCUCUGCAAUAACCUCACCAACUUGGAUCCUUUUGUGAAACUCAAGGCCAGAACUCCUAAGUCUACAGCAUUUUCUCCCCAUAGUUGCCCGACCUGUGUGGGCGAGCACUCCAAGGAUUGCCUCCCAAAUUUUGUCACCACUGAUUCCUGCCCCUACGACGCCUCUCAGUGUUAUAGUUCCACCUUAAAAUUUCAGGCAGGCUUACUCAAUACCACCUUCCUCCUCUUGGGCUGUGCUCGUGGACACCACAAACUUUUAGAAAAUUAUCACCAUAUUGGGAACAUCAGAGUGACCGAGGUCCUCAACAUCUUACAGAAGGCCCAGAUUGCUGGCGCAGAGCCCUCCAGUUGGAAUCCUGCUUGGAGCCUCCUUUCAGGACUUCUGCUGGCCUUCAGGGACUGACAAUCUAGCUGGACUGCACAAACCCCUUCCUGUUACCCAGUAAAGCCACAGAGUUGCCUUUCUGUCUUGUCCUGUGAUCCGUGAGGGUUGUGGGGGUGUGGAAGGUGUGAGGGGAGCCAAACAGACCCUGGAAGGGGGGGGGCAGGCAGUGGGCAGUGUGCAUGGUGAAGUGAGCAGGGGUUGGGGAGGAGGGU